AGGAGCUGUGACCCUCCUCUUCAGUUGGGGAACCCAGGCUCAGCCCCCUCAUAUCCUAGGACCAGGAGCAUGGAUCCUCUGUUCCCUUGGCUCGGAAAGUGUGGCCCCUCACCUCACUGCAAGCCAGCUAAGACUCAGAAGUUCAGACCCGGACCUCCUCCCUCACCUGCGGCUCCAAUCCCCGUCCCCUGCGGCGCCAGUGGUCCCCGCGGACCCAGUCUACCUGCGGCGCAAGCGGAGCGCAGAUGCCGGCCGACCUGCCGGAGGAGUGCGGCUCUCCCGGCUCCCAGGUAGCUCACUCAGACUGCUGCCUCACAGCUGAGGUGACAAGAUGCGAUGCCUCUGCUGCCUGCUCUGCCAUGCGUUCCCCACCAUGAUGAAGUUACCCCUUAAAAC